AUGGCGAAGCUGAGUCGUGAAUUACCUUCAUCCCUUUUCUCCUUCGUCUCUAUUUCUCCCCUUCUUCCGACAAUCAAGCUCAAACAUGUUGAUGUGGUGAGUUCUGAUGAAAAACCCUCUGGAGUUGAACUCAAGCUGUGGGAUGCCGAGUUUGUUAAGGUUGACCAAGUAACACUGUUCGAUCUCAUCCCGGUGUUGAUGCGAGAAAUUCGAAGCUACAAGUGCGGAAUUGAAGCUUCAAUGGUUGGUGAAUUGACGCGUCGAGAGAACAUUACCGUCGGAAAACUACUCAGGGUAAUUGAUGAAGUUAUCAAUGAGGCUGAAAAGAAUUUGGGUGAUGAGAAGCCUGCUGCUGAAAAUGAUGUUGCUGAAGGAAACAAGGAUAGUCCUGCUAAUGAAGCUGGAGUAAAAGAGCCUGAAGAUAAGGAGAUGGCUCUGGAGGAAUAUGAGAAGCUUUUGAAAGAAAAAAUAAAGGCUUUGCAAGCACUCAAGACUGAAGAAAGAAAGGUUGACACUGAAGAGGUUGAAACUAUGCAUGCCUUAUCCUGCAAGAAGGACAAUUUUGAAAUCUUUGCUAAAUUGGUAUGA